AUGGGCACCAGAGCUGUGAGUUGGCUUCCAUGGCUGAUUCUUCUCUUCAUCACAGCAUCUGUUUCUGCUACACCGUCCAAGAAGAUACCCAGGCUCGGUGUGCUUCGAGGAUCCAGCCUCAGCGUGCUUGAAGGAUCCUCCAGCCUGAGAACCGUUAGUGUAAAUCUUUCUGAAAAUUUUCAGACUUUCUUUUACCCGCAAACAUUGGAUCACUUCAACUACCGUCCAGAAAGCUACACCACCUUCCAGCACAGAUACAUGGUGAAUUUCAAUUACUGGGGUGGUGCCCGUAGUGCUGCUCAGAUCUUUGUUUAUCUUGGUGAGGAAUCAGACCUGGACAAGGAUAUCAAUUCAAUUGGGUUCCUCGUUGACAACGGUGCUCGGUUCGGCGCUCUAUUGGUUUAUAUUGAGCAUCGCUACUAUGGAAAGUCGAACCCAUUUGGAUCAAUGCAAAAAUCGUUACAAAAUGCUAGCCGACGUGGGUACUUCAACUCGGGUCAAGCUCUGGCAGAUUAUGCAGAGGUGAUUAUAAACCUUAAGAAAAAUUUGUCGGCAGACUCUUCUCCGGUGAUCGUUGUCGGAGGAUCUUAUGGUGGACUGCUGGCUGCAUGGUUUCGGCUGAAGUACCCACAUGUUGCCCUUGGUGCAUUAGCCUCAUCAGCCCCAAUUCUAUACUUUGAUGAUAUUACACCACAAGAUGGAUAUUAUUCUCUUGUUACCAAGGAUUUUAGGGACUUCAGUGAAAGUUGCUACAAUACCAUUAAGGAUUCAUGGGCUGAAAUUGAUAAAGCAGCUGCUGAGGCCAAUGGUCUUUUAAAUCUUAGCAAAAAAUUCAGAACCUGCAAACCAUUAGAGAGUGCUUCCCAGCUGAAGGAUUACUUGGAGACCAUGUAUAGUAUAGCUGCCCAGUAUGAUAGACCUCCAAUGUAUCCGGUAACCGUUGUUUGUAAUGGCAUUGAUGGAGGAUUGCAAGGAACCGAUAUCCUUGACCGAAUAUUUUCUGGAAUUGUUGCUUCGAGAGGUAACAAAUCUUGCUAUGAUAUGGGGCAAUCAAGUUUUCCAUCAGAAACAGAAGAAGGUUGGAAUUGGCAGGUUUGUAGUGAACUUGUAAUACCAAUUGGUCGAGGGAGCAAUGACACUAUGUUCCCAGCUGCACCCUUUGAUUUCAAAGAAUAUGCCGAUUCUUGCAAGUAUUCCUAUGGAGUGACCCCUAGACCCCAUUGGAUCACCAGUUAUUAUGGUGGACAUAAUAUUAAACUAAUUCUCAAGAGAUUCGGUAGCAACAUCAUCUUCUCCAACGGUCUUCGAGAUCCUUAUAGCAGUGGAGGGGUGCUGGAAGACAUAUCACACAGUAUCAUAGCAGUCCAUACACCUAGAGGAUCUCAUUGCUUGGACAUACUGCCUUCGACGGAGGAUGAUCCAAACUGGCUAGUCCUUCAACGUAAUGUAGAAAUAGAGAUCAUCCAUGGAUGGCUUCUAAAAUAUUAUGAAGAUCUGCUUCAAAGUAACUGA